GAUGAUGAUGAUGAUGAUGAUGAUGAUGAUGAGGUUGAUGAUGAUGAUGAUGAUGAUUUGGAUGAUGAUGUUGAUGAUGAUGAUGAAGAUGAUGAUGCUGAUGAUUCGGAUGAUGAUGGUGAUGAUUUUGGAUACAUAGGUGUUGCACGCAAUUUGCACACAAGCGGCAGUUAUCCUUCAACGAGUCGUGUGUGA